ACGCUGUCGUUUCACGUUUGUACGCGGGCGACUGGGCGACACCAUUUUCUGUUUUAUAUGUGGACAAAAUUUUAUUAAUGGUGAUAAAAAAUGAGUGAUUAUUCAGCGGUAGCGCCGCCACCUCAACAGAAUUUUGGUCCUUCCUCAGCUUUUGCGGCCGCCCUCCAAAGAGCAAAACAAGUCAGUAUUCCACCAAUCGCUGCUAAAAUUAACCCAGGAUCUACAAACCCGGCCGAUAAUCGACCGAAAAGGCCUCUAGAAGACGGGCCAGAACCGGAUGCUAAAAAAGGUCCAAGUAAUAGUGGACCGCCUCCUCAACUUCCUCCGCCUGGAAACAGACCACCGCCGAGUCAAGGUGGUAUGGGUGGACCUCCCAUGGGUGGUGGACCUCAGCUUAAUGAAGAUAUUAAAGUGCCUGAUAAAAUGGUUGGGUUAAUAAUUGGUCGUGGAGGCGAACAGAUCACGAGGCUUCAGUCCGAAUCAGGCUGUAAAAUCCAAAUGGCACCUGAUUCUCAGGGAAUGCCAGACCGUGUAUGUUCGCUAUCAGGCACUAAAGAGGCCAUCAAUAGAGCCAAGGAGCUCAUUAUGAAUAUCGUUCAUCAAAGAGGUCGCACGGAAGGGUUGGGUGGGCUCGAUCUAGGACCAAAUAUGGGUCACAAUAAUUACCCAGGGAUGAACAACAUGAACCAGGGCAUGGGUGGUGGCAGCGGCGGCGGCGGUGGUGGAGGAGGAGGUGGCCGUAAUUUCGUCGAGAUCAUGAUCCCUGGUCCUAAAGUCGGUCUUAUAAUUGGUAAAGGGGGCGAAACCAUAAAGCAAUUGCAAGAAAAGAGCGGUGCGAAAAUGGUUGUGAUUCAAGACGGCCCCAAUCAAGAACAAGAAAAACCGCUAAGAAUCAGCGGUGAUCCUUCCAAAGUCGAAUACGCCAAACAGUUAGUGUACGAUUUGAUUGCCGAAAAAGAAAUGCAGAAUUAUAACCGAAGAGGGGGUGGUGGCAGACAAGAUGAUCGGCAACAGUACAACGAUUAUGGAGGCGGGGGCGGCAACGAGGCCGAAGUUUUAGUGCCGAGACAGGCUGUGGGGGUGGUUAUCGGUAAAGGAGGCGAUAUGAUUAAAAAGAUACAAGCGGAAACUGGAGCACGAGUGCAGUUCCAGCAAGCUAGAGAGGAGGGCCCGGGCGAGAGGCGGUGUUAUCUCUCUGGAACCCCCAAACAAGUCGAACAGGCUAGACAACGAAUAGAAGAGCUCAUCGAUAGUGUUCAUCGAAGAGAUGGCGGCGACGGUCCCGGCCAAGGCCGAGGUAGAGGAAGAGGCGGCGACCGAUACGACAGUAGAGGAGGAAGUAGCAGAAAUGGCGGUGGACAAGAGUAUGGCGGUUGGGACGACAGGAGACAGCAACAACCUCCACAAGAAGUGACAUUUGUUGUUCCAAGUUCGAAAUGUGGAGUUAUAAUCGGGAGAGGUGGUGAAACGAUCAAACAGAUAAAUCAACAGUCCGGUGCCCAUUGUGAGUUAGAUCGUCGGUCUCAGAACAAUCAGAAUUCUAAUGAAAAAACAUUUAUUAUCCGCGGCGAUCCUGAUCAAAUCGAAGCGGCCAAACGAAUUAUCAGCGAUAAAGUCCAAAUGCCUCUUAACUUCGUACCUGUCGGCGGUCCUGCGAUGUCGAACAACAUGCAAACUGCUUACCCCGGAAUGGCGCCCCAAGCUUACAAUCCACAAAAUUGGGGUAUGCCCGCUUACCAACAACAGUGGAACGCCCCCUCGCAAAGUGCCGAUGCCCCCACACAGCAAAACACCAUGCAAGUUAACCCCUCAACGGGACAGCCCGACUACUCAUUACAGUGGGCGGAAUAUUACAGAUCGUUAGGAAUGCAUAGGGAAGCUGAAAUGAUAGAACAACAGGCUAAAUCGAAGGGAAUGUCCACGGCACCAGGACAACCACAAGCAGGUGCGACGGCAGGUUCAGGUUCAGCACCCGCUGCGACACCUACAGCUGCUGCUUCCAAUGGUGGCCAACCUGAUUAUAGUGCACAGUGGGCGGAGUAUUAUCGCAGUAUAGGAAAACAUAAAGAAGCUGAAGCGAUAGAGGCACAAAUGAAAUCGAAGCAACAGUCCCAGGCCAACGUGCAGUCGAUGCAAGGAGGCCCAGCUUCGUCACAAUCCGGACCUGUCCAGGCGCCAGCAGGUAGUUACCAGCAGCAAGCGUACGGUGCAUAUCAAGCUUCUAGUGGUUACUACGGUGGUCAGGCGCAAGGUGGAGUACCUGGCAACGUCCCUCAAGGAGGAUACGGCUUCCCGGCAUACGGAUACGGAGCACCCGCCCCUGCAGCCCCUCCUAACAACUCCGAAAACUAAAGACUCUAACGUAUUUUAAAUGUGGUCCCCAAUUACUAAUGAUGGUCAAGUAAGCAUCUGCGGGAGACAUUUUUCUUAGAACCUUUUUCAUCUUAGUUAUAAGCGACUAAUUUUAUCAGGAGUAAACGUGCCGCCGCCGUCUUAGAAACAAUUCAACGGAAAAAAUGCAUAUUUAGAUUAUAAAAUUAUUGUAGAAUAAGGUCUUUCUUUUGUUCGGAAAUCAAUUUUUCUUCGAUCAUUUCUUUUUUGCCAUUAUGCAGUAUUUGAUAAGGAUAUUUUGAAAAAUACAUCAUGUACACAACAUUACGAACUUUUAUUUAAUUUGAAAGUGUUUUGGAUUGUUUGCUUUUUGAUGAUGAAAACUAUUAUUAGUGACUUGUCUAGCUUCCAAUCUAUACCAUAAAAAUUUUGUAGUGAAUAGGUUAAUAAUUACCUGUGUGUUAGCUUGUUAUUUAUAGGGAAUGUCAGGAUAAGUGAGGACGGCUUUCCCGGAGGUCGCUGCAACAGUUUUGGUAAGGCUAUCGUUGUAAAUGCCGAUGUAUGAUUUGUAUAUGCUCACUGUUAAAUGAAAAAAAAAUCGAUUAUACAGCCUAUGUUCGAAGGAGACGCACACUUCCAUCAGUAGUGCAAUAAUCAUUCCUUUCAUCUAGUUAAGAGGACGCUUCCUUCGGUCAUAGAUCAGCAAAAUUUGUUUAUUUUUUAAGUUUCAAUCGGUAAACAAAUUUUGCCAAAUUUCGUCCAGAACAAAUAAAAAUCUCAAAAAAAUCUUUCAUCAUUUAUUCAAUUAAUAAAGUGAUGGUAUUUCUUUUCCGAGAGAUGUGUAUUCACUUCGUUUUUAGUUUUGAUAAUAUUGUAACCCACUAUGUACUGCAGUUAGACUGCAAUUGUAUUAAUUUACAUUGAUUAAACAUAACCUAUUACCACUUG